AUGAGCUCUUCCUGGGUAUGGAGGAAAAAGCUCCUGCGCUUUCUGAUCGCCAUUAUCCUGGUGAGCGGGUUCACGGUCUUCCUGUGGCCUCGUCUUGAAUACCACCAUGUCACUACCGAAACGAUCUCCAACAUAACCAUCACAUCGGACGUGGAAUGCGAACCCGAUUUCGACCUCCUCCGUCGCCUCGAUAUCCGCAAACUGAACAAACACACUCGUCGGGAGAUGAUUGCCGUUCCCUCCUCGAACGAUGCCCUUCCAAUGAGACAGCAGCUGAACAUCCCCCUAUUCGAGCAAAAGCCCUCGUCGCGUCGCCAGGGCUAUCUUGCCACCGGCCACUCGCAGGAUGAUUGUCUGAUUCCCCACGCCGUGGCCGUUCAGGUGCCCAAGCCUUCGAAGAAUGUCGACGCCUCUCAUAUCGAUUUCGGGGUUGCCACCACGCUGGGCCGGUUGAAUGACUCGUUGGAUGCGUUUUCGCACUGGGCGGGCUACACUCGCACCCGCAUCUUCGCUCUCAUUGAGCCAGACCACCGCCUCCCCGAAGUCCAGGCCAAGGCCGACUCGCUGGGGAUUAAUCUCCAUGUGACCGAGUCAACGGAAGAGUACCAGCGUCGCUACUUUUCGUUGAUCUCGCAUCUCGCGCAGAACAUGCGGCCGCAGACGCGCUGGUCCUGCGUGAUUGACGAUGACACUUUCUUCCUUUCCAUGUCGGAACUGGUGCGGGCCCUUGCCGCUUAUGAUGAUACUCAGCCGAUGUACAUUGGUGGACUGUCGGAAAGCAUUCCACAGAUUGGCGCGUUUGGGCUGAUGGGAUUCGGAGGCGCAGGCGUCUUCCUUUCCCGGCCCCUUCUGGAGCAAAUCAGCCAGCCGGAAAUUUUCGAGGCUUGCCAGAACAUGGAUUUUACGGGCGAUCGGAGGAUUUCUCUCUGCGUCUACCAGCACACGCCCACCCGCCUCACGAUCAACCACCGUCUGCAUCAACUCGACAUCAUGGGCGAUGUGUCGGGGUUUUUCGAGUCGGGACGCCAGCCACCCCUCUCGGUGCACCACUGGAAGUCCUGGUUCCAUAUGGACAUGGCCAAGGUCAGCGUUGUGAGCGAGUUGUGCGGCGACGACUGCCUCCUCCGCCAGUGGCAAUUCUCCGACGGAUACAUUCUGACGAAUGGAAUUUCGAUCAUCAAAUACAGCAACCCCGUUGAUCCGAACGACACGACCAUGGAGCUCACCUGGGAGGGCCAGAAUGGCGCGGUCCAUGAGUCGUAUCUCCACGAGAUGGGUCCCUUGCGCCCCAAGGACUGGGACAAGAUCAGCUAUCUUCUGGAAGACUCGGCGAUCGAGGGAAACAACGUGCACCAGUGGUAUGUGCACCGCGAUCCCGAGCGGGGAGACGAAAUAUUCGAAGUAAUCUGGAGAGCUGGAUAG